GCUACGCAUGGCCACCAUCUCUCAUCUCACAGUCUGCUGAUAAAGCAGACCCGACUCAUGAAUUCCCCCCGCCUGGCUUCGGCAUCGCGUCUCCAUCGCUCUCUCCAUCGCCCCUUCUCGAGCUCAAUGUACCACUCCGCCCGCCGCCCCUUCAAGGAAACCGAGGCCGAGCGCCCCGCGUUCGACCGCGAGCGGACUUUUGACCUGACCAAGGCGCCUGAUACCGAGUUCAAGGCGGGGCAGGGGCUCAACGACCUCCCCAACGCGCCCAAGUUCGCAGCUGAUGCUGGGGAGUGGCGCAACAUCGUCCCCGAGACGCUCGGGCUCGCGGAGCGGUACAAACUGCUCGUUACAGCCAUCACGCCGCGCCCGAUCGCCUUUGUGUCGUCCGUAAACGCCGAGGGGGAAGCGAAUCUCGCGCCCUUCAGCUACUUCAACAUGGUGUCGCACAACCCGCCGACGGUCAUGGUGUCUAUCCAGAACAACCCCGCAGGUCGGGAUGGGAAGAAGGACACCACGUUCAACAUCCUCCAGACUAAGGAGUUUGCUGUUAGCAUCAUCUCAGAGCCGUUUGUCGAGGCCGCCAACUACACGGCGAUUGACACGCCGCCUGGGACGGACGAGUGGGCGCUGGCAGGGCUCACGAAGCGCAAGUCUGACACGAUCAAGCCCCCAUUUGUCGCCGAGUCGGCGUUCUCAAUGGAGUGCGAGUUGUCCCAUUCACACGAUAUCGUGAGCGAUGACAAGUCGAUCAUCUACACCAUGGUGCUCGGACGCGUCAAGAGGAUCCACGCGCGAGAGUUUAUCUUUGAUCCAAACGACAAGUACCGCGUCAUGCCAGAAGCACUGAUGCCCGUCGCGCGUCUUGGUGGAUUGAGCUUCGCGCGCGUCGUCCAGGGGUACGAUCUGGCGCGCCCUCGCUGGGACGACGUCAAGGACACUGAUGAGGUCAAGACGGCGCUCGGUAAGCUGUAGAGCGCUGAGACAUGUCGAUCGAUGGUCUGUUCCUGUCCUGUCCUGGUCUCGGCCACUAGCGAGCUGAGAAGUCGGAUAGUGUCAGCCAAUACCGCACCUCCUCUGCCCCACAAUGAUGAUGAUAUCCGAGAUGAUCAACCGUUUGAUUGGACAAGCAAUGCUUGUCGUCGCCCUCCCGCCGGUGCUGUUUGAUUAUGCAUCCAGACCUCCAGCCAGCUCCGGGGGUAGUGGGCCCCAUCACAUUGCCCCUCGGGGUCGCCAAGACCGCCCCACACCCUUGCCCACACCACACGCGAGUUUCUUGUCUGAUCAACAACAAGACAUGGCGAGGAUCAGCAAUUGUUCCAGCAGAUACCAAAGCAGUCUGUGCACGCCGUCGGAUACACCGCGUCGGAGAGCGAAGGGCGUUCGAUUGUGCAAGUGGAGGU